AUGGUGAAUUUCACUGUGGAUGAAAUCCGCGCCCUUAUGGACAAAGUCUCCAAUAUUCGAAACAUUUCAGUUAUUGCUCACGUCGAUCACGGCAAAUCUACCCUCACCGACUCUCUCGUGCAGCGUGCCGGUAUUAUCUCAGCUGCCAGGGCUGGUGAUGCCAGAUUUACGGAUACCCGUGCCGAUGAGCAAGAACGUGGUAUUACCAUCAAGUCAACUGCCAUCUCCCUUUACGCAGUCAUGUCUGAGGACGAUGUCGCCGACAUCCCUCAAAAGUCAGAUGGAAACGAGUUCCUGGUCAACCUCAUCGACUCGCCCGGUCACGUUGACUUUUCUUCUGAAGUCACUGCUGCUCUCCGUGUCACUGACGGUGCGCUCGUCGUCGUCGACUGUAUCGAGGGUGUCUGUGUCCAGACCGAGACUGUCCUGCGUCAGGCUCUUUCCGAGCGUAUCAAGCCCGUCGUCUGUGUAAACAAGGUCGACCGUGCACUGCUCGAGUUGCAAAUUAGCAAAGAGGAGCUCUACCAGACCUUCAACCGUACCGUCGAGUCCGUCAACGUCGUCAUCGCCACCUACUACGAUAAAGCUAUCGGUGAUGUUCAGGUUUACCCAGAGAAAGGCACUGUUGCUUUCGGAUCCGGUCUUCACGGAUGGUGCUUCACCGUCAGGCAAUUUGCCGUUCGUUACGCCAAGAAGUUUGGUGUUGACAAGGCCAAGAUGAUGGAUCGUCUCUGGGGAGACAACUACUUCAACCCAAAGACCAAGAAGUGGACCAAGAGCAGCACUGACGCAGAUGGCAAGCCACUCGAGCGUGCCUUCAACACCUUUGUGCUUGACCCCAUCUUCCGCAUUUUCGCCGCCGUUAUGAACUUCAAGAAGGACGAGAUCCCAACCCUUCUCGCCAAGCUCGACAUCAAGCUCAAGGCCGACGAGUUGGACCUCGAGGGCAAGGCUCUCCUCAAGAUCAUCAUGAAGGCCUUCUUGCCUGCUGCUGAUGCUCUCAUGGAGAUGGUCGUCCUUCACUUGCCAUCGCCCAUCACUGCACAAAAGUACCGUUGCGAGACUCUUUACGAGGGUCCUCUCGACGACGAGUGUGCCGUUGCUAUUGCCAACUGUGACCCCAAGGGACCCCUCAUGUUGUACGUUUCCAAGAUGGUGCCCACCAACGACAAGGGUCGAUUCUUUGCUUUCGGUCGUGUCUUCUCCGGUACCGUCAAGUCUGGUCUCAAGGUCCGCAUUCAGGGCCCUAACUACGAGCCUGGAUCCAAGUCUGACCUCUACAUCAAGGCUAUCCAGCGUACCGUCCUCAUGAUGGGUCGUUUCGUUGAGCCCCUCGAGGACUGCCCUGCCGGGAACAUUGUUGGUCUUGUCGGUAUUGACCAGUUCUUGCUCAAGUCUGGUACUCUUACCACCUCUGAGACUGCUCACAACCUCAAGGUCAUGAAGUUCUCUGUGUCUCCUGUCGUCCAGGUCGCCGUUGAGGUCAAGAACGCCCAGGACUUGCCCAAGCUCGUUGAGGGUCUCAAGCGUCUCUCCAAGUCUGACCCUUGCGUGCUCUGCACAACCUCAGAGUCUGGUGAGCACAUUGUUGCUUGCACAGGUGAGCUCCACCUCGAGAUUUGCCUUAAGGACCUCGAGGAGGACCACGCCGGUGUCCCACUCCGUGUUUCGGACCCAGUCGUGUCUUACCGCGAGACUGUCUCUGCCAAGUCAUCGCAGACUGCGCUCUCCAAGUCACCCAACAAGCACAACCGUAUCUUCAUGAUUGCUGAGCCAAUUACCGAAGAGCUCUCACAGGACAUUGAGGCCGGCAAGGUCAACGCCCGUGAUGAUUUCAAGACGCGUGCACGUUACAUGGCCGACAACCACGAGUGGGAUGUCACGGAUGCCCGUAAGAUUUGGUGUUUCGGACCGGAUACCUCCGGCCCCAACUUGAUUGUUGACCAGACCAAGGCUGUUGCCUACCUCAACGAAAUCAAGGACUCUUGCAUUGCCGCUUUCCAGUGGGCUACCAAGGAGGGACCUGUCGCUGAGGAGAACAUGCGUGGUACGCGAUUCAACAUUAUGGAUGUUGUCUUGCACGCUGAUGCUAUUCACCGUGGUGGUGGUCAAAUCAUUCCUACCUGCAGGCGUGUCGUGUAUGCUGCUACAUUGCUUGCUGAACCAGCGCUCCAGGAACCCGUCUUCCUUGUUGAGAUUCAGUGCCCCGAGCAAGCAAUGGGUGGUAUUUACUCUGUCCUCAACAGGAAGCGUGGUAUGGUCUUCUCUGAGGAGCAACGUCCAGGAACUCCAUUGUUCAACAUCAAGGCUUACCUCCCUGUCAACGAGUCCUUUGGCUUCACUACAGAGCUCAGGCAAGCGACCGGUGGUCAGGCUUUCCCUCAAAUGAUCUUCUCUCACUGGGAUGUGCUCAAGUCGGAUGUCACCGACCCUGCCUCCAAGGCUGGUCAAAUUGUCACGACAAUGCGUGAGCGCAAGGGUCUCAAGCCGGGAGUGCCUCCUUACACGGAGUACUACGACAAGCUUUAG